CUUGGGAUUUGGACCCUCUCGGCCCUGCGGAAUUCGUAAUUCUAUUACCCCACCCACCGCAUGUGGCUCUUGGAAAAAGCUGGCUAUAAGGUGGGGGCCGCGGAGCCUGCGGCCCGUUGGGCGCCCUCCGGCCUGUUCUCCAAGCGUCGCGCCCCGGGCCCGGCCACGAGCGCCUGCCCCAACGUCCUCACGCCGGAUCGCAUCCCGCAGUUCUUCAUCCCGCCUCGGCUUCCGGACCCGGGUGGCGCAGAGCCCGCGGCCCGGCGGGACGUGGCGGGCCGCGGCCUCCCCGCGGCCUGCUCGCUGCCUCACCUGGCGGGCCGCGAAGGCUGGGCCUUCUUGCCCGAGAGCCCGCACACGCGCCGGCGCGAGUCCCUGUUCCACGCGCCGCCACCCGCCCCGGCCGGGGGACUCCCCGCGGCGCAGUCCCGGCUGCACGUCUCCGCCCCGGACCUGCGCCUCUGCCUCGCCCCCGACAGCGACACGGCCUCGUCGCCGGACUCGUCGCCCUUCGGCUCCCCGCGGCUGGGCCUGGGCCGGCGCCGGGUGUCCAGGCCGCACUCGCUGUCCCCAGAAAAGGCGAGCUCGUCCGAUACCAGCCCGCACCCGCAGCGCCGCGCCGGGCCGCCCACGCCGCCGCUCUUCCACCUGGACUUCCUGUGCUGCCAGCUGCGGCCCACGCGCGAGAGCGUGCUGUGCCUGGGGCCCCGCGGCGGGCAGCUGCGGCUCUCCACCGAAUACCAGGCCGGGCCCGGGCGGCUGCGGCUGCGCCUGGUGAGCGCCGAGGGCCUGCCCCGGCCGCGGUCCCGCCCCGGGAGCGGCGGCGGCGGCUGCUGCGUGGUGCUGAGACUGCGGCCCCGUGUCCGGCCGCGGGAGCAGCAGAGCCGCGUGGUCAAGUGCAGCGCCAACCCCAUCUUCAACGAGGAUUUCUUUUUCGACGGGCUCGGCUCGCGGGACCUGGCCGCCCGCAGCCUGAGGGCCAAAGUGCUAGACAGGGGCGCGGGACUUCGCAGGGAUGUGCUGCUGGGGGAGUGCGAAACGCCCCUCAUUGCGCUGCUGCCCCCGCUUGGUGGGGGACUAGGUCCCGGGUCCUCCCUGGCGCCCACCGAUCUCAGCCUGUAGACUGAGCCCCUGGCUUCCUCAAGACGUCUCCAUUGUGUCUGCAGUCCACAUUCUUUCCACCCUGCCUGGCUUG